GAGAGGUUUUCUCUGAAAUACGGGUGGAGGAGAGUUGCCGAAAAGUCAUGUCCAGCAAUGAAUCAUCAUCUGUAUCAGGUAAUGAAGUUUUAGCUUUAUUUGUUAAAGAAACUAAGACUAAUAAUGAUAAUAAAAAGAAGUCAUGGUGUGAUUUUUGCAAGAAGCAUUGGCACACACGAGAUACUUGCUGGAAAAUACAUGGAAAACCACCUCGAGGAAAGCCCACCCGACCUGGAGCACUGCAAUCCGUGGCUGAUUCUGCUUCAGAACCGAGUGUCACCUCAGGGCAGUCUCCAUUCACCAAGGAACAAGUUGAGCAACUGUUGAAUCUGUUACAUUCUAAAUCCAAACCUUCAUGUUCCCCUGUUCAGCAUGAAUUCGGUCUUGGAGACGAUGAUUGGCAGUGCUAGGGAGUGUGGUGACAUUUACAUUCUAGAUGAGGGAACGUUAGUGAAUAAAGAGACUCAACAAAGUUCUUGUCUUCAAGUUGCAUCUGAUUUCCAAGAUGAUGAGAUUUAUUUAUGGCACUUUAGAUUGGGACAUGCAAAUUUUCAUUAUUUAAAACAUUUGUUUCCUGUUUUGUUUAAAAAUAAAAAUCCCUCUUCUUAUCAAUGUGAAAUCUGUGUUUUAUCUAAGCAUCAUAGGACUACUUAUUCUCCACGUGUGUAUACACCUUCACAACCAUUUUCUCUUGUGCAUAGUGACUCGUGGGGGCCAUCAAGGGUCUCUACAUGUAAUGGUAAACGCUAGUUUAUGACUCUUAUUGAUGAUCACACUAGGGUGAGUUGGGUUAUCUGCUGAAAGAGAAAUCUGAAGUAGAAAGUGUUUUCAAAAAAUUUUAUAACAUGAUUCAAAAUCAAUUUCAAACGAGUAUAAAGAUUUUACAAAGUGAUAAUGGGCAAGAAUAUUUUGCACAAGUUUUAGGUACAUUUUUUGCUAAAAAAGGGAUUGUUCAACAAAGUUCAUGCAAUGACACUCCUCAACAAAAUGGCAUUGCUGAAAGGAAAAAUAGGCACCUUCUUGAGAUAAGUCGUGCUUUACUUUUUUCAAAUAAUGUACCUAAAUAUCUUUGGGGGAUUCUAUCUUACAUGCUACCUAUUUGAUCAAUAGAAUUCCUUCUAAACUUUUAAACUUCAAAACACCUAUUUCUGUACUUCAAAUAUGUUUUCCAAACUCUCGUUUAUUUUAUGAAAUGUCUAUAAAAAUAUUUGGUUGCACUGUUUUUAUUAAGAAUCUGAAUAGGGCUGCUAGUAAACUUGAUCCCAAAGCGAAAAAGUGUGUUUUCAUUGGUAUUGCUCCCAACCAAAAAGGAUACAAGUGUUUUGAUCCUAUUCUGAAAUAAAUCUUUAUCACUAUGGAUGUUAAAUUUUUUGAAAAUAUUCCGUUUUUUAAUCCUAAUCUUCAAGGGGAGAAUCAAGGAAAAACUAAAGAUUUGAAUUUUAAAAUUACCAAUAAUAGAUUUAAUCCACACCAUAAUCUCAGGAAUAUUGCUAGUAAUUUUUGUGAUCCUUCAUUAGACCUAGAUUUUCUAGGAUAUGACUUAGGGCACGAAAAUAUAAGGCAAGUUGGAGAGGUUCAUGAGAAGGAAAAUCAGCAAGAAAAUGGGAAAUCUCAUAAAUGUUGAGAAUAUUGAAAAUAUUGAAAGUGCUGAAAAUAUUGUGCCACAUGAUAAUUCUCAGCAGCUUGAUGAACAAGGGUGCAACCUGAACAGAGGUAAAUAUGGUCAGG